GUCGUUACUCAGACAUUUAUAUUGGACUGUUGAAUCUUCCAUGACUAUACCCAAUUGCCGUAUAUGACAUUUGUGACUUGGCCAUUCGUGAUUCACCAAUACUGAACCCGUUUAUUCAAUGCUAGCGUUUUCUUUCACUAAGCAUGUUAGAUUAUUCACGGUAUACUGAUGGUUUCACAUUGCUCUACCGACAGACAUAUAAAUCUAUCAGUAGGAAGAGCUCGCAAUGAAUUUCUUCGAGCCUCAAUAUCCAAACCAGAAACCAGCAUAUUCUACAGCAUAAUAACCUCAAUACGCCAUACUUCCGCCAAGCGAUCCCCACUCGAUGAUGAGGGGACCAAUGCCGAUGCCGGGGCCAAUGCCAAUGCCCGCAUCCGCACCGAAACAGAGGGCAAGAUGCUGGUGGUGCUUACCUUCUCAGGACCUGAAGGGAAGGGAUGGCUGGUUUAAAAGCCCCAGAGAUACAAAUUUCACCAUCGACUCAAGAAUCAACGGCGAAAAUAAGCCAUCCGGCUACGACAGCAACUCGCUCAUCACGAUUCUCCGAUCAUCGCAAUGCUUCAUCGCCCUCUUAGUAUUGAUUCUCUACGUCUUCACGUCUUCGGUCCCCGUAUUUUGGCUCAUCUUCUAUACGAUUGCCGAAGUUGCCUUAGCUAGCUUUUGGAGCAUUUUCGCGCUUUUCCUUAGGCAUCACUGGUCGAUAUGGUUGGUCAUACCAGAGAUCGUGAUCACUGUUGCGUGGAUUGUACUGUUCGCCAUAAGCUCGCUGUCAACACCAGAUGAAUCGAAGGAAUCGACAUUCCGUUUGUCACUCAUGGCCAUAGAAGCCUCGAUGGUGAUAUGGCUACCGACCUGCUUUCUGGCAAUUGCACCAUUCUUCCACUGGCUUAUGCCUUGGCUAUUUCAAGUGCGAAGCCGCCAGAAUGUCGACCUCGAUGAGGGCGGUGCCCGAGAGAUGCAAAUUCUCCCGCCAGAGGAUCUACCAAGGCCGCCAGAGCCUCCAGGGCCGCGAGGCCCACCACCUGGAUGGCCGUUGCCUCCCGGGGGGUUGGGCGGUCCUCCUAUGGAUGGGCCGGGAGCCCCAGGGCGUGCGCUCGGGAUGCCGCGCGAGACAAUUCCAGGUCAUAUGCCGCCGCGCCGCGAGAAGGACAGGCGUGGGAAAAACUCGAGAUCAGGAAGUACCUCGACAACCGGUAGUGAUGAGUUUGGCAUGUAAUCCAAUUACCCCCGCCAAUCAAGCAAAUAAUGAAACGAUCAUCCACAUCUUGUAGAUACCAAUUCCUGGGACACGGUAUCUAUUCUUGGGUGGAGAUGGGAGCUAAAGGGUUUGCUACAUAGGGAGAUUCACGAACAAUGGGGCCAUCGUAUGCACAAACAUACAUAGCAUCUGUACGUUUGGUCAACGGAUUGACCUAUUAGGUAGCGUAUGAGAAUUAGAGAUUGGUUUUCAUCAGACCACCCUGACAGGGACGUAUCGAUUAUGUCCGAUGUCGCCGGCGAAGCAAGGGAUAUAAUAUGGGUUCUGUUACGCUCCCUUGCGUACAAGUGAUUGUAGGGCUUAAGCAAUCGAAGUUUUUUUUAGACGAGCUUUGACAUCCCCAAUUCUGGGGUACUGGGGUUUGUAUGCCGAAUCUACAGGUUGCUAUGAAAUAUAAUAGGAGUUAGGGGCUAGGUUGAUUAGUGGCGCUACAUACUCGUACAUGUAGCAAUGCUA